GAUGGAGGAAGAAGAGAAAAUCGAUAAUAAAAUAAGUUCUAAUAGAAAUGAUUCCCUUUACUCUUGUUUCUGGUUCAAGAGCGGUGGUGAUUCUCAUUACUCUCUGUCUAUUUACAUCAUCUCUCUCUCUCUCUCUCUCUCUCUCUGUCUGUCUUCAUCUUUCUGGUUCUCUCUCUUUCUUUUAGGUUAAAGUGUUGAUAUUUAUAUACUAUAUCUUUGGUAAGAGAUUUAAACUUAAAUAUAUCUAAGUAAUAAAAACCAUUUUUGGGUUUCCUUUUGUUUCACAUCAGCGACAAUUAUCAAAGUUCAAUUUAAUUGUUCUAAAUAAGAUGAUCAACUAAAGACCUUGGUGAUACCCUGGAACCUUUUAAUUAAUCUUAAUGACUGAAAUACCAGAAUCCUGAUGGUUAAUUACUUGAUUCCAGUUGUUGCUGUUGUUCCUACCAAGAUAAUAGAAACUCAAGAAUAUUCAUAUUUACCUGAUUCAACAUUCCUACUAUCAUCAUCAUUCAUUAAAGGGUCAUCUGUUUUUGACCAUCAUCAUCAUCUUCAUCUUCUUCAUCAUAAACAACACAAUUCGGUGGAAUUCAAAAUUGAACAAUUUGAUUCUAAAUCCAGUAAACGAGACGAAUACAACACGGAUAAGGUGCAGAGAAACUCAAAAUUUGGGAAAAUUAUCUCAACCGUUGAUUCAUUUUGACGACAAUGAACAAUUUAGAUGAAGAUGAAAGUUGUUUAAGUUCAAGUUCUAGUUUAGUUGAGAAUGAGGUUAUUGUUAUCAAUGGUAAAAUUAAACCAAUCCCAUCAUUAUCAUCUUCUUCUUCUUCGACCACAUUAUCUGACCAUUGUGUACGAAUUAAAUUGGAAGAUUCAUCCUGUCAACAAGUCAAUCAUCAACAUCAUCAAUCAUUAAUCAAUCAACUUGGUUUUAUUUCGUCAAAUAAUCAACAAUCAUUUCGACGUAAUUCUCACCUUAACCUUUCAAGUGACUUUUGUACCGAUAAUAAUAAUAAUAUUACCUCAGGUAAUACUAAUAACAAUAUUGGUCAAAGCAGCAUCAACAAUAUCAAUAGUAAUAAUAGUAAUAAUAAUAAUACAAAUAAUAGUAAUAAUAAUAACAAUCAUCACAAUAAUAGUGUUGUUAAUCAAUCAAAUGGUAAAUUAAGUGUGCAAUAUAUUAGUGUCUCUUAUAAUUCAACUGGUUUGUCAAAUUGUUCAACGAUCACAUCAAGUCCUGCGGUUUCCACCCUGGUAUCAUCUUCAUUAUCUUCAUCUAUCUCAUCUUUAUCAUCAAAUUACAGGAAUGAUUCGAAUCAAAUCUUACAUCCAUCAGCAAUUAAAUUGGAACCACUUGAAAUUGGUGGUGGAGAGAAGGGAGGUUACAAUUCCCUUACAACAAACACAAUCACAACCUCUUCAGGUUCAUCAAAUACCCUGGGGUUUAAAUUGGAAUCAAUGUCAUCGAUUAGCAGUAAAAAUUUAACCUCAUCCUCUCAUUUAACUGAUUGUUUCAUUUCCUGUCCAGUUGAUGAUUUAGAUUCUGUUAAGUCAAACCUUUCAUUAACUCAUCACUCACUUCAUUCCCAUCUUAAUAAUUCACAUUCUGUUACAUCCAAUCAUCACAUUAAUCAUCAUCAUCAUCAUCAUCAUCAACGAAUCUUAAUCAGUCCAACUGAUUUUCUUAGUUUAACUGAAGAAUCGACAUCAGCUGUUUCCGCAGUUAAAAAAGAUGUCAACUUAUCAACUAGUCGUCUGGAGAUAAUUAAAAAAUCUCAUGAUAAUCAUGGAUUAACCAUGAGUUUAGACCGAUACUGUGAAUCACCUUUUCUAAUUGACUCUCACAGAGAAAUCCAUUUAAUCAGUGAUGAUGAUGCUUCUAAUAAUGGACGAGCAUCCCGACUAUCUGAAACUCACGAAGAACUGCCCACCGAGGAUCUUUUUGCCUCUACACUGGCCGAUGACCAACACAACGCAAUUCGAGAAGUGGUCAUUACUCCCAUUGAACCAGAUACAACUCCUUUAACCUUAAUCCUCGAUUUGAAACAUUCCUCAUCUUCACCUUUAUCCUCGACAAUUACACAAUCUUGUCCAUCGUUAUCAUCCAGAUUAUCAUCUUCAAUCAAUGGUUCAACAUCCCUAUUAACCUCUGUCGGCGGAGUAUUGACCACAACAACAGUCUCUUCAUCCUCGAUGGUCAACGGAUUUGAUCUAACCCUUGUGAAAGAGGAAAAAUUUGACGAAGAUGAAUCCGUUGAACAGAUGAUCGUUGAAGAGGGAGCCGUUGAUAAUGAUCCAGGUUUGAUUAAUGGAAUGGAUGAUGAUGUUGACGAUGACGUUGAUUUAAUCAAUAGUGAGUCACGAUCAGCGUCGACCAGCACAGUGACCACUUUCAGCGUAUUAAAUACACUUCACAACAAUAGCUCAAUCAGGUUAACUCCAGAAGAAAGUAGCUCUUCAUUGGAACUUCGACCAAAUCCACUUACCGAACAAAUGAAUACACCUAUUCCAUUACAAUCAUCUUCUCUCUCUUCUUCAUCUUCUUCAUCUUCUCUUGCCUCAUCUUCUUUGACCUCUUCGUCUCUUACCUCAUCAUCUCCUCCCACUCUUAUGGCCCAAAUCCCGUCUUUCUCCCACUUUAGUAAACAUUCAACCUCCUCACUCUCAUCAAAUGGCUCUGGAUCACUGGUUCAAAUUACUCUUCCUCCAACUCCCUCAUCCCUGGCAACAACUUCACCAUCACCCAAUUCAAUUUUACCCACUGGUACACCUUUAACUCCAUUAAUUUCAAAUUCAACUGUAGUCGGUUCUUCGUCGUCUUCAUCAUCAUUAUCUCUAUCAUCUUUGUCAUCUCCAUCUUCCACCUCUUCUACCAGUGGUUUCAUUGCCGUUUCCACACCAACAUUAUCUUCGUCUAGUCCAGCAAACAAUUGUGUUAUUAGUAAUAGUGGCGGUGGUACUCUUAUUGGUCAAAAUUCAAUUAUCAGUACAUCAUCGUUAUCAUCAUUAAUUUCUUCCAAUUCGUCAUCAUCUACGACUAUUUCAACUUCUACCGCUGCUGCUCCAUCGGCUAAUGUUACCCUUCCUUUGACUCCAUUGGAUAUCAAAAUUCUUCCCGGAGGGUUAUUACAAUUCGCAGCAAAUGUUGCCGCUGUUUUCCCCUCUUCUACUAUUCUUCAAAAGCAAUUGGCCCUUCAAUUACUUAGAGAAGAUGGAACUUCAAUCAUACUGCCUCUCACAACUCGAAGUAGCGACUCGACGAGUGCAACUAUUGCUUCUGGAUUUAGUACUAAUAACACAACUAACUCUGGAUUAGGUUUAACUACAACCACAACUAAUCACAGUAUUCAUGCAAAUGCCAACAAUAAGGCUGCCACUACGGUUUCGGUGCUUGGUAACAGUGGAUCAUUAAUUGGAGGUGCUGUUGGAAGAGCGGGAAGUAUCGUUGUAGCUGGAGGUUUAGGAUUGGGUUCAGGAGUGACUGGAGGGUCAAGUGCGAACCUUACAGAAAUACCAACACUCUCAACUAGUCAAAUAUCUUUGUCAAAUGAGCGUUUUGAACAACAAUCGCAACAGCAACAAUCUCAAUCACAAUUAAUUCAACAACAACAACAACAAACAAUCGGUACAACAACUAGAGAUCCAAUUAACAGUACCAAAUUGUUGACCUCGGCUGAAAAUCCAGGUCAGACUACUGAAAUCGAUCGACCUUUCAAAUGUGAACUGUGCAAUUCCACUUUUACUCGACUUGGUAAUUAUACCAGACACAAAAAGAUUCAUUCUCUUCCCUCAAAAGAAGAUCAACGAUUCCGAUGCGAUAUUUGUGGUAAAUCUUUUAUCCAACGAUGUGAUCUUGCCCGACAUUUACAUAUCCACCGAGGAACUGAGCCACAUCGAUGUUCCCAAUGUGGAAAGGGUUACAUUAGACAUAGUGAUUUAGUGACACAUCAACGAUUCCAUAACAAAGAGAAACCUUUCGCAUGUCCCCAUUGCUCCAAAGGAUUUUGCCAAAGAGGAGACCUUAAUCGUCAUCUUCGUUCAAUUCACUUACAACUCAAGCCAAUUCUUUGUUCACAUUGUCAUAAAAAGUUCGCCAAAGAGGAAACACUUCUACGCCACAUCAAUUCCAAUCACAGGGAUACCGUGGUUACUUAGUUAACCAUUUGAUUCUUUAAUUUUUCUUGCCUAUUUUUCAAUGUACUUAAAUUUUCGUGCGACUCAAACAUAUCUUUUUUCCCUCCUCAUCUUAUCCUUUUUUGUUUUCUGUUCAAUUACCAAUUUUAAUUAAUUUUUCCUUAUGAUCUCUCUCUUUCUAAUCAAAUCGUAAAUCCAAUUGACACUUUCCAAAGAAUUGAAUUGAAAACCAAAUCACCAACCAAAAACCAAAAAGAAAUGACUGAGUUUCUCAUAUUCUUAUUCUCAAUCUAUUCACCUCAUCGACCCACUAAUAACGAUUCUCAUUAAUUAAUUCUAAUUCUAAUCAUUAA